AUGUGCGGUGGUGGACACGUGGCAUGGAACCCGAAAGGCUCGGGAACAGGUCGACGGUUCUUGCAAUCGGACGCCGUACCGCUUGCCCCACGAUUCCGUGUGAGAAGUUGUGGGCGCCGGCUCCAAACGUCGGCUGGGAGAUCUAAUUUGUCCACUGCUGCCACCGCCGUUGCCUCGACUCCAGCACAAGCCAAUAGUGACACCAGUACCAAUAGUGCCACCGCAUCUCCUCGACCAAUUAUCUGGACGACGCAUCGUCUCAACGCUACCCAAAUCGCGACCGUCGACGCCAUUUUUCACAAACUCCUCUGGCUCGAUUUGUUUGAACUCGGCACGCUCAACGACGAAAUAAACCGCCGAUUGGGGAUUGUCCUCACACCCAAACAGAGUCAAGCGUUGGAGCGGCAGUUGCUCGUACGGCAGGCUCGAAUCGACGGACAAUCCUUGGCGGGUCCCGGAGGACCCGCGGCGGCACCCGUCGAAGCCGCCCCCGUCACGUUCGAUCUCAAACUCGUCGGCUACGACGCGUCGGCAAAAAUUAAAGUCAUCAAGGAAGUACGGUCUCUCGCUGAACUGGGACUCAAAGAAGCCAAGGAAAUGGUCGAAGGCGCGCCUAAAGUCAUUCUCAAGAAUCUCAAACCGGAACAAGCGGAAGAACUCAAGGCUAAACUGGAAGCAGCUGGCGGCCAAGUAGAACUCGUAUAG